AGAAUCCCGCUUUCCAACGUAACUGCAAAACACAACACACACAGAGAGACCAGAAAAUGAACUCUCCAAGCCAAACCUGCAGAGAAACCACUAAGAUUUUUCAUUAAAUUACACAAAAUUCCUCGAUUGAAGCUGCUGAUUCUUUCAAUUUUCUUAGUUUCCUGAAACAAAUGGCGAGAAACGAAGGAGAAGGAGGAGGAGAUGGAGAGGCCGGGCCUGGGUUAUCGUCGAGCUCCAGAAUAAGAGCGGGGCCAGACCCCUUUUUGGUUGUGUGUAGAUGCUUUAGUUUCGUAACGGCUCUUGUUGGCAUUCUUUGCAUUGCCGUGAACGUUCUCUCUGCCGUUCGCUCCUUUAAGAAUGGAUCCGAUGUAUUCGAUGGGAUUUUCCGGUGUUAUGCGGUGGUGAUUGCGUUUUUUGUGGUGGUCGCCGAGACGGAAUGGGGAUUUAUCACCAAGUUCUGGAAGGUGUUGGAGUAUUGGGCUGGUAGGGGCAUGCUGCAGAUAUUUGUUGCAGUCAUGACAAGAGCUUUCCCUGACUAUUCAGCAAGCAAGAAGGACCUUAUACUUUUGCAAAAUAUAGCAAGUUAUAUGCUUCUUGCUUGUGGUGUUGUCUAUCUUGUUUCGGGAGUUCUAUGCAUUGGUUUUCUUAAACGUGCUCGCCAGCAGAAGGAAAUUACAAGGGAGCAGGCAGUCAAGGAUCUGGAGCAAUUGGAGCGGCGAAGGGAGGAACUCGAACAACUGCUUCUGGCUGAAAGAGUUUGAUGCCAUUUGUAUGAGUAUUUUUGUUCAGAUGGAUGAAAAUACUGAAAUGACUUCAACAAAUUUCAGUUAUGUAAAUAUAAUGUUGUUAUGCUGAUGUCAUUUCAUUGAUUGAUUCUAUUAGAUGUUUUUGAUGCAGGAGUAUAAUA